GUCGCGUGACGUUGCAGCGAGAGGAUCGUGCGGUUGCGGGUGCAACUUCUGAUCGCUCGCGAGAUUCUUACUCUCGCGCGCGUGAGCGUUCGUGAAGUCGCGUGUUUCGCGGAAAAAGUCCGAUAAAAAUGUCGCGUUGACAUUCCCGGGCUCGAGAGUUGAAAGAGAGAUCUUUCAUCCGCGAUCAACGCUCGUUCGAGAAACGAAUUCGGCGACGAAUUCGUCACUCUUGGUCGUCGAAUAUCGUAACGCGAGAACUUGGUCUCGCAGCAUCGUCAGAGAGAGAGAGAGAGAGAGAGGGAGAGACUUCACGUCGCGGAGGAAACUUCACGCGAGUGCACGUUGUUCGCGUUUAAAACCGACACGCGAUGAGACGAUUACGACGAUUGUGAUUGACGACGGUAAAUAUCGCUCUCCAACGCGUGUUUUUAAUUCGCGCGUCCGAGACAAACACCAUCGGUGUUAGAUACGAGAGGAACGAGAAAGAAGAAACGAGGGAGAGAGAAAGAGAGAGUGAGAAGGGUAAAGGUAGGCGAGCCGGCGAACGCGCCUUUCGUCCGGGAAGGAUUCGCACACGCGCGAAACUAUGCGAUCAAAUUGACGAGACGGCGAGGAGAAGGAAGGACGUAAGGAAGGAAAAGGGGAGAGGAAAAAAGAGCGGAGGCGAGUCGCGAGCAAAAGAAACGGCCGCGACCGGUUGAAGCUUCGCGCGAGAAUAUGCGCGAGAGGCGGAUCUGAGCUGAGCGCGAGCGAGUCAUGGAAGACGCAACAGCAGCAGCGCAGGAUACCUGCUUCGGGGCGGGAAGCGUGGCCGGGGCCGUGAUCGGGACCUUUCUGACGACGAUCCUCCUGCUUGCCGUUGCCGCGCUCCUCUACAGGCAAUGGCGCAGACACAAGGGUAAACACCUGGUGCUGGUGACGGAUCCCGAGAUCGUCGAGGAUGCGUACGCCUUCGACAAUCCUUGCUUCAAGGACGCCACGCCUACGACGGUCGGCCGUGUCACGGAGAGACCGUCGUCAACCGUACUCGGGGACACACCCGCCAAGGAUUCCACGCGAUGGACUACGCCUUGGACAUCCCUGGGCCUCGGGUCGGCUAUUCGCAACGAAAAGCGCCGAACUCUCGACGAUUCCUGCGUCGGACCCAAGGCUACCAGGGUCAGCGUGGUCGGUCUGCGUAGUCGUGACUUCACCGGCCUGGGCUUCAACGUGUGCGGCAACAUGAGGGAGGGUAUCUUCGUCAAGGAUCUGCUGCAUCGCGGCCCCGCAUCCGAAUCCGGACGGAUACAUCCCGGCGAUCGUAUCUCCAGCGUGAAAAUCAGCUUCCGCAACAUGGUGUACGAGGACGCGCUGACGAUUCUUAGCUACGCCUCGCCGUAUGACGUGGAGCUGGAAGUGGAGAGCGGCGGUAAUGGCUCGAAGCCGACAACAUUGUUGAAGAAGAGUGUGGGCCCAAGCCCGACGAGGAUUUGCCAUCCUCUCUACAGGAGUCAAUCGAUCCCAGAAUUGACGCAGGCCCAUAAAAGCGUCGCGAAACGGCUCUUCAUAGCCGAUCCGAACGAAUCCGUCGGCUCCAAUCAAUCGACGAUGAACUCGACCCUCAAGUCGUCGAAAUCAACGCCGGGUGGCGGACAGAGUCUCGAGAGACGUCACGACGAGACGACAAAAAACAAUCAUCACAAGUUUGGCAUUAAGGUACUGCCAGCGUUAGACGGCACCGUGCAUCGGAUCGAAAAUCAAAACGAGCACAACACGAACUUGGAGAGAAGGCACUCGCGCAAGAUAGAUGCGGAGAAGCUACUGGCUUCUUCGAACAGACAGUCCGCGACGUCGAGCGACGAACCGCUGAACGUGACCGACGAGAGGAAGCUCUGCAACGAGAGUUUUCAGCAACGUGUAGAUCAGCCUGAUGGCGUCGUCUCGGCUAGAAUCACCACCAACCUGUCGGACAACAAAGCCGGCAGAAAAAGCGCUGACGCUGGAGGGGGGCUCAAUAUACCGUCGGAGGUGCCAACAGAGGUACACAACGCGGCUAUGGCGGCUCGCCGAAAACGGAGAAGAAGUUCGGAGCCGCUGAAGAUUAGCAGUUCGUCGCCGGACUCUGACGGCGCCAAGAGCCCGCAGAAGAACAAGCGGAAGGCGCCGGCGCCACCGAGGAACAACAUCAGCGAGAUGCCGCCGCUCGCGAAGAAGGACGCCAUCGACACUAUCGACAGUAUUGCCGAUUAUACGGAGUCAUUGUGCGAUUACGUGAACAAGGCGCGCGAAAACACGGAUGCGCGAAGGCACCGUUUGGAAAGCCAGUCGGUGGUGAACAGACGCAAUUCCGAAUCGGAUACCGACAACGAGAUGCAGAACAGCUUCACGACGAUCGAGCUGAAUCCAGCGGACAUCACCAUUCAUCGCACGCCUGUGCCGGAGGCAAACGACGACGACGAGGAUGAGGAUUACAGAAAGGCGGCCAGUUUGGGCGACCUGUCCAAGUAUGAAAGCAGGACCGCGGCGACCCUCGAGAGAGCGCAGAGUCUCGACAUGAGCGCUGAUACCAGCACAAAGAAGCGUAAGGCGCCGCUGCCGCCUGAAGACAUCAAUGAAUCCACGGAGGAUCUUACCAAACUCGAUCAAAUCGAUUCCUUUGACCGACGAAAGUUGAAGAAGUCGAAUGAAUGGGGCACCCUGGAGGACGUGAUCUGGACCGAAGCUGCCGCCGAAGCGGACGAGAAGGCGCGCGGGAAAACAAGUACGAGAAAGAAAAGCAAUGGCACUCUCGAACGUUCCAAAUCUGCGGUGGAAAUCAAGCUGAAGGAGGAAGUCACUGAAACAACAGCGAUAGACGAUGUGUCCGAAAAGAAAAAACCCGACAAUAAUGAUCACGACAUCACCAGUAUUGAACUGUACAACUUGCCGUUGAGCAAGCGAUUGACACAGGAGUUUAUUCAUGCUGAACGGAUGUUCAAUCCGGACGAGGACAAUUCUCUAGCUAGGAUCGUAAACGACGGCCGGGUGGUGAAGAGCCCGACUCCGAAAGAGGUGGAGCUGGACUUUCAGUUGGCCGAUGAGAAACGCUUCUCUAAAGAGAACCAAGGUGAGGAGGAACUCUCCGGAAAUGAUACGGACAAUUCCGUGUUGGAAAAGUCGGAGGACUUCAGUCGCGCUUUGCGCUACUUUAAGCUACACGCGAAUGUCUCACCAGCGGAGUCGACGACAAAGACAGUGAAUCUGGUGCAGCUAAACGAGCAGAAAGAAGAAAAAGCAUCUCUUAAUGACGCAUCACUCUAUGCCGGUAAGCAGGCCGUUGUGGAAGAGCCCCUCUCGAAGAUAACUAUAGACAGAGGUUGUCACGGUUGCGAGAACAGGAACUGCCAGCACAGCGCCAAUUGCGAACGCGGAAAACACGCCGAUAGGCCACAUCGCGUGACCGUGCGAUCGUUUUCAGAUGACAAUAAGAUAAAGGAAAAUGUAGAGAAAGAAGUAGAACGGGCAUGCACGCCGACGCAUCUACGAAUUCAUGCGUCCAAAUCGGAGCCCGCCAGGCACAAUAAAUCCCAGGAUCCGAGGGAAGAAACGAACACGGAGGGAAAGAACGGUACCUUCUCCACAUUCCAGGCGCACCGGACGAAAUUCGAACAACGGGGCGAUAAGUGUUCGCCGACCGACUCCUCCUUCAUCGAUACGCAUUUUGCCAGACGCGUUAUUAAUGUCUCCGGUCGUGACGGAGACGACGGCGAAGAAGAGGAAGAGGAUGAGUACGAUUUCGGUUCAGGUGUGACGGCGCACAGCAAGAGUCCGUCCUCACCCAAAGAGGACCGUCACAAUAUCAGCAGUGUCAGUGUGUCGAGCGGCGAGAACAGCGAGGACAGUGGUCUAGUUCGCGAGUCAAUGGACUACAACAAUCCGCAAGAUUCGGAGAAUCGUCCACCCUUGCCCGAUACACCUAUGCCGUUGAACGCUGCUCCCAAGAUGACCUAUAUCACGGAAAUCAAAGUGUCGCCCAACAGAGAGAGCGUUCGUGAAAUCGACAGUGAGAACGAGGACGGAGUAAUCACGACUGGGACUAACGGCGAGUCGCGAAAAUCGCUGACACAGCACGAGAUCAAGGUGACGUCGAACGGCAAACCCACGUCCGGUAAAAAACCGCCGGUACCACCGAGACGAUCAGACAUCACGAGAAGCCCGAAGGAAGAUCGGACGGACAAGCAGGUGGUUUACGUAUCCGAAUACAAGUCCGCGACGGGCAAGAGAGGUCAGAUCCUGGAUCCGUCGCAUCAGUCAGAAAUCAAACAAUCGGAGGGCAAGAAGUUCGAGCACUGGAUCUUCAUGUCCGACAAGGAGCAAAAUCGUUGGAACCCUGCUUCCAGCCAACCGCAGUCCGUUACCAACAUCAUGUUGUCGUCCAGGGACGAUGCGAAUUAGAAUAUUCACUAUUCUCGCUUCUUCUUUAAAAAUGCAAACUGGAAAUAAGCAGUAUCACUCAUUUUAAGAAGGCAUUUUUUUCAAAAAAUAUCAGGAACGACAAAACCUCUUCGUGUAUGGUGUUUCUUUAUGAAAACGAAUAAUAUAAUGAUGAUGAAUGAAUUUUUCAAGUUCCCUGAAAACUAAAGAUUUUUAGAUUUAAUGUCCUUUUUAGGAUAAUCGAUUCAAUCAAAAAUUUUAAAUCGAGUUUAAGAAUGUUGCACUUAAUGAUUUUUUGAGAUAAAUAAUAUUUUCGCACUUUUAAUGUAUAUCUUUUCAGCAAUUAAAACUUCGUCUUCUUUCUUUUUUGACCCCAAGUUUCCGAUGUGAUCGAAAUGAACAGCGAGAAACAUAUGUAAACUGAAAAGUGAGAAAAUGAUUAGCUUUAUGUCACGUAUGUUGAUGUAUUUCUUGGAGCGAUACGUGUUUCACACACAACAUAUGGUAUCAAGUAUGUACAAAAUAUAGAUCCAGAGAACACGCUUCUUGACGACUUUACCGAAGAUUUUUAUUCUACAGAUAAAUAUUUUCGCUGAUUUGUGUGUGUAUAAUUUCUUUCAAUUCUCUAUAAUUUCCUAGGUAAUUUAUUUCGAUAUCUUAGAGAGAGAAAGCAGCAUAUCUAAAACAAAUAAAAAAAUGACUGUUACAUAUUGCAUAUAUUUGAAAACAUUUCUAUACGCAUACAUAUUAAAUCGAUUGUCUGUCACGACUACAAUGUGAGAAUUCAUAUUCGAUUUCUAAAAUUGGUUUUCGUAAAAAAAAAAAAAUAAAAUAAAUAAAAGCUAAGAAACUAUAUAUGUGCCAUAAAGAGUAAUUAUGAACUGAAGGGAUUACAUACUUGAAGUGCGGAUUUGAAAUGUGAAUGCAUGUAAGAGAUCGCGGAUUUUAGCUUGUGCGUUAAAUCCAAUCAAUCGGGCCAGUGCUUUUUAAGGGGGCGGGUGUACUUAAAAAAUGAUAAAAAUAUCAGAAUCUUCUAUUUUUUAAAAAAGAAGUAUACAAUUUUUUUUAAACAUUUUUUUUAGCUAUAUAACAUAAUUUUUGGAUAUAUCUAAGUGCCUUAAAAAAAUGUUUGAACAUAUAAGAAAAUCAUGUUUUUCUUUAUGUGUACUUUUUUUCUUGGAAACCACUGUAUGUGUGUGGUCUAAUUAUUUUUUUAAAAUCUGUUCAGAAAUAAACUGCGAUUUGAUCGUUCGAUUUAAAGUUAUAAUUUUUUAUCAAAGAUUUCGAAUGAUGAAAGAGGAUUUUUUAUACUAUAUAAUUAUAUUCUGAUACUCGUCCCCUUAAACAUAAACGUUGUAACAAACUUAGCAUAUUUUAUUAUAUAAAAACUUAUGCAUAUAUUUUUUUUAACAAAACUUUUAUUUUCUUUCCCAUUUUAAAUCAAAAUAAUUUUUAACUCAUACACACAUACAAUCUUGCUGAUUGCAUAUACAUGUAUAAUGAGAAAAUACGUAAUUCUAAUUUACCUGAAAAUAAUUUUACUGUCGCGUAUUUUACGUAUAAUUAUAGUCCUUUCUCUGUUAUCUUGUUUGUACUUUUAUCGUACAUUAAAUGUUAAAUAUGGUUAUCAUCUUACUUUUUUUUUUAAGUUGAAUAUCGCGCGUAUUAUACGAACAUCACACAAUUCAGUCGAAACGAAAUAAUCACAUUUAAUGCUAAAUAUGCAGCGAAGAUGUUGCGAUGACGCUGUAUUUUUAAUUCUCGGAUACUUUGAAGAUGAGAAAGAGAAUCUUAUCUUAUCUGCAAUCUGAAUAUGUGACUUGUUUUACUUACAAGUAGUUAGAGAUACUUGAUAAGAUCGUCGUGUUUUAUAUAUACGUCCAUUAUGAGAUGCAAAUACCUUUGUCGAUAAGAUCUGUAAUCAAAUAAUGCGUCGCGUAAUAAUAUAUAUAGUAUGUAAGUGAAAUAAUUUGCAAAUCCGGGAUUAAUGAACUUAAUAAUUUACUAACCGUCUCUUGUAUGCUAAAUUCUAAUUGUGUACGAAUACUGUCCGCGCAUACAAGAUACACAAAGAACAAGCGUAAUUAAUAAAAUUUUACGCAUAAUUACAUUAUUUUCGCUUUUUUAAUAUAUUGAUGCUUAAUAUUAUUUUCCCAUAAAAUUUUAAUUUUAAAUAUGUAAAAAUGGUUGUUUUCCAAGUUUUGUAUAUUUCUUUUAUAAUAUUGCAUAUUGUUUCUUUUUAUUGUAUUAUCUGCUUUAUACUAGGUAUUUUCCAAAAGGAUGACAAAGAACCCAAAUCACGCGUUUUAUAGUAAAUUAUAUGACUAUUUACUAUAAAACACACGAUUAAUAUCAAAGUGUUCCUCCAUAUAUUGGGUGGCAGUAUUACAGCACUGUUAAAGAAAACGUGGAAUGUGUUAUUGUUAACUGAUGCAAGUCAGUCGUCAAGUCUUUCUCUAUGUGUACGUUUAUUGUAAUAUAAUUUAUUUCAAGACUAACAUGUUGGUAACAUACUAUAUAUUAUUGUCUAUAAUUUUUGUUAGUGAAAAAUGUAUAAAGUUUUAACGAAUAAAAGUGUAUAUUUUUAGACAUAAAACCCGAUAUCGCAGAAAUAUAUUUCUUUACGCUAUAUAUUUUCAUGAGAAAAUAACAAUUAUUUGUAUUCACUAUGUAAUUAUUGCUCCAAUACAAGCUUACGAUAGAAUG